AUGGAACAGGGUAAAAUUCAAGACGAGUUAGCUAGAGUGUUGAGAGAUGUGGAUGAUACUUCACCAGUUGAUGAACUCGAGGUACUCAAAAGUGCCUUGGGUCAUAGGAAUGGGCACGUACGCGGUGUUGGUCGUGUUGUUAAAAAUGUCACCCACGAAAUAUCGAGCUCAAACCCCCCGCCACGACAACAACAACAAUUGGAAGAAAUGCAACAAAUGCGACAAGAAAUACAAGAAAUGCGACAACAACAACAACAACAACAAGUGCAAGUGCAACCAUUCUCAAACCAAGCAAUAAUGGAACUACAACAACAACAUGCGUUUCAAAUGCAACAAAUGGAAGCACAAUUUCAAUGCCGACUUAAUGAAUUGAAACGAAAAAUGCGUCAAGUUGACGAAGAUGAUGAAGAUGAUGAUUAG